GUACAAACCAUCUGUCAGUCAGUCAGUUUCGUCAGUCCGUUAGUUAGUUAACUCAUGUCAGGGGAGGCAGUUAUGAGGACCUCAAGCGAAAUUGACUUGAUGUGACAAAAGGAUCAGGCAGUGUAAACAGCUAGUGCUGGGAGCCACAACUCGGAGCCUGGACACACAGCAGGCCAGCAGCAGAGAUAAAAGGAAGGCAAAAACAGGGCCGGUCCGUCGUGAGCACUGGUUGGACACAACAGCUCACCUCACUCCCCAGGAAAAAAACCCACCACAUCUCUCUCCGCGCAAGCUCCAGCCAUGUCGUCCCCUUCUCUCCCACUUACCUCCCUGCCACCAAGCCCUCUGGCCAUGGAGUACCUGAACGACUUCGACCUGCUCAAGUUCGAGGUGAAGCCGGACACUCCGCCGCCACCGCCGACGCAGCAGCAGCAGCCCUGCCCUUACCCCAAGCCCGGCCUCCACCAGGACCCCUCCAGCUCCCCCUACAGCGGGCGCCCACCCCAGGACUCCAGCCUAAGCUCCAGCCCCUACACAUCGCUCCCGCCCUCCCCGACGCUGAGCGAUGCGCACCCUCCCCCGUCCGCCUCCUCGUCCUCUUCCUCGUCCUCUUCCUCCAUCUCUUUCCCCCUGUCCGUCUCCACCGGCUACGUGUCGGGCCUCAGUUCGGCCUCCCAGGGCAACCCGGAGGGCAGCCCCGCCCCAGGUGGGCAGGCUCAGUGUCCCAACCCCGCCUCUCUGGAGGACCUCAUCUGGCUGGCGGCCCUGCAGCAGCAGUUUGGGGGUGAAGCCGGGGGCGCUGCCUCGCUCCUGGGGGCCCUCGGAGGGGGGCCCGAGAGGGGGGACAGGGACCGGUCAGCUGUAGGGGGGUUCCUGGGCUGUGAGGAUGCAGUCGAAGCCCUACUCAACUCAGCUGCAGUGGCUGUAGGAUCCCAGUUUCCUGUGCUCUCCCAGAGUUCCAGCAGCAGUAACCUUGGCGACUCCGGCAGUGACAGCGGAGGUGACGUCUCCUGUGCCAAGGCCUCAGACAUGUGCCACCGCCCACUCCUCUUUGUCUCCAACCCUCCCUCCCUGCCCAAUGCCGCCCAGCCUGCCGCCCCCUACCCACAAGCCCCCAGUCCUCAGGGUCGGCUCCAGCACCAUCAGCACCAUCACCACCACCAUCACCCGCACCACCCCAUGCAUGGUCAUCAUCAUCCCCAUCAUCAACAUCACCUUCAACUUAGCCAGUGUGGACUGGACGCGGUGGAGCGUUUCUCGGAUGAGCAGCUGGUGAGUCUAUCGGUACGGGAGCUGAACCGCCACCUGCGCGGCGUGAGCAAGGACGAGGUGGUGCGACUGAAGCAAAAGCGGCGCACGUUGAAGAACCGCGGGUACGCCCAGUCCUGCCGCUACAAGCGCCUGCAGCACCGCCACGCCCUCGAGUCGGAGAAGCACAUCCUCACUCAACAGCUGGAGCAGCUUCAGUGUGAGCUUUCUCGAGUACUGCGGGAGCGAGACGCCUACAAGGCUCGUUACGAGAAGCUCAUCAGCUCCAACGAGGCGCUGUCGGCGCACACCAACAACCCACCACCUUCCCCUCCUCCGGACUACUUCCUGUGACGACACCCUGAAGAAAGGAAAGAACCAUUAGCCAGUGGGCAGUGGGUGGAGAGAACAGCCAAAAACAAACAGCCAAAACUGAGCAAAGAGGCACAGACAUGCAGGUGGCAUGGAGUGGAUGAGAACAUGAAGACCUGCAAAUGGCGGUCAGUAGAGGCUUCAAAAGACUGCAAAAAUCAGCAACCUCAUCAGGUAGAAUCAGACAAUGAGACGUGAAGUCAGAGGACACAGAGACAAUGUUUCUCCAACUGAACAGAUGCAUCUGAUGGUAGAGGGUCACUUUGCCAUUGAAAGUGUAGAUAAAGUGAUAGAAAGGUGGCAUCUUGUGCAGCGAUCUUCAUGCAUCUUACUUGACUUGCUGGUGAUACUGCUGGGGACAGGCACCAUUUAGAUAGGUCUUCAUGUUCAUCAAGCUGCAUGGCGCCAUGACCCAAAUAAGCAUCCCAUUUCAAGCCUCUGCAGAAGGGACUUCCUGCUGAGUAUCAAAUCAAGCGAAUAUGAUGCUUCACUGACAGCUCUCUCUACUUUGAGGUACCAAAAAAACUCUGCUCUCACUGCUUUCACAAAGUUCACAAACUAAGAAGAGUGAGAUCCUUGGAGUCUUAGUUAGGGACAACUCUUCACUUGAAUAUAUUUAUAGGCCUGGUACUUCCGUAUAUCGUGACCUGGUGAUUUUACAAUCUUUCAAAUUGUACUGGCUCUCCUCCGGGAUCAAACUGGCCCAUGUUGGAGGGUGAAGAGAGAGCUUAGUGAUGGUGCUUCAGUCACAGGUCAGAGGAGAGAUGGGAUUUUUGUGAGUGUCCGUGCAGUGCAAGUGCAAAAAGAUCCAACCUGUAUCUCAGUUGCCUCCUGGCGAAGAUAAAAAUGCUGCUUUGCUUACCAAGGGCUAAGUCCCUCUCUUUACAAAAUUAA